AUGUCUGCCAGACCUAAAGUGUUUUUAGAGUUUUCUGUUGGAAAUAAAAAAGUAGGAAAGGUGGAGAUUGAAUUGUUUUCGGAUAUUGUUCCAAAAACUGCAGAGAAUUUUAGAGCGUUAUGUACAGGCGAAAAGGGUCAAAAAGGAGGUAAAAACUUGCAUUACAAGAAUUGCAAAGUGCAUCGAAUUGAACCUGGUUUUUGCAUUCAAACUGGAGAUAUUAUUAAAGGAAAUGGUACAUCGGGCAGAUCCAUCUACGAGAGUGGCAAAAUGGAAGAUGAAAAUUUCACUGUAAAACAUUCAGAACAGGGCAUUGUGUCAAUGGCCAAUAGUGGUCCUAACACAGCAAGUAGCCAGUUUUUCUUCACCAUGGCUGAGGGACCGCUUCCUCAAUUGGAUGGAAAGCAUGUCGCCUUUGGAAAAGUAACAUCAGGUUUGGAAGUGUUAAAAGAUUUGGAACAAUACGGCAAUAGAUUAGGAGCAGUCUCAAAGAAGGUGAUCAUUUCGGAUUGUGGUCAACUAUAG